GUUCUCCCUGCUUCCGAUGACAUGGUCUCCACAGCAACAUAUCCCUGACACUGCACUGAACACAGCCCCGCUCAUGCAGUCCUGCCCUCCACUGCUUCAGGAAUGCAGUGGUUAAAAGCUGCACUGAAGAGCUGCAAUGUCGGCAGAUUUGAAUGAUUUGUUAGAUGAAGUAAAGAAUACGCCCACUAAACACACUUUGGGCUAAAAAUGGAUAACUCCUUUGUGGAAGAAGUGGCCGCAUCACUGGUGAGAGAAUUUCUCAGUAGAAAGGGUUUGAAGAAAACUAUCGCUACCAUGGACCGAGAAUUUCCACGUUCGGCACUUAGCAUCAAUAACAGGAAUGAACUUCGAAAUGUCCUACAUCUACACUCCUUAUACAAACAGAACAAGGCAAAGGAGAAUCCACUGAAAACACUUCUUGAAAUUAUUACUAAUUACUUCCUUGAGCACGUCCGGACUUCUAGAACCAUAACAUCAAGUUCUGCUUUGACAAAUCCUCAAAGUAAGAGCUCAUCAGUUCAGCUACCCAACUACUCAGAUGAAGAACACAUGCAUCAGAGCACCAUUAUGUCCGAUGUGAGCAAAACUGAAGACUACAGAUACGAUGUUGAGGAUCCUCUGGAUAAAAUCCUUCCAUCCAGAAAACAUCAGCACAAAAGUGAAAGAUGCCACACAGGGACAAUACACAACACCCACUCACUCUCUGAUGGGGAUAAAAAAUUAAAAGAUAGUCGGGAAGAUUUAAAAGCAAUGAGUUCUGAGGAGCUGAAAGCCACGGUGAAGGAAAAGCAAAGGUCCAGGUCUGGUCUCAUUGUCAGAGGAAUGAUGGCUGGACCAAUAGCAAGCUCACCAGAGGAUUUGCAAAAAAGGAGGCUUUCAAAACGAUCCAUUAGCAUAAGCAGCACAGGACAAUUCAAGGGUGAAGAACAUGAAAAAAAUGACCUCAGUGUCCCAAGUACUGAUUUCCAAGAAGGUAAAGGAUCUUCAACACAAUCCACAAGUUUCUUCUCUUCACACGGUGAUAGUGACUUGAAAGGAAAUACAGAAUUUUUCUCAAAGACUUUGUCAAGCUCCCACACGAGUUCAGCCUCUGAAAAACUAAAAAACUUCCCCAAAGAUACAGAUGACGCUUUUGGCAAACUGCUGUCUGAAAGAGAGAGGACUAAGGCGGAAGAAAGAAAAUCUAUUCCAGGCUUUGAUACAGACAGCAAUGAAAAAAGCCUUAAAGUGAUUGCUCCUCACAGACAUUCAGGGACUGGAAGAGAGAAGAGAGAAAGAUCCCUCAAGAAAAAUGAGAGUCGGUUAUCAGGCCACAGGAAGACUCUAGCAUCCGCCUGCAAUAAAGAAGAGCCGAUGAAAGAUGUAUUAGAACUAGUUGAUGUUGAGGAUGAAGCAACAGCUGCAGAAGUUAGUAAGAUCCCAGACCUUUCAACAUUGUAUACAUUUCAAGUGGCAUCGAAGGCAAUUGAUAUUUCACUUGCAAAAGAGAUAAAAAAUCUUUUAUUUGGCUCUAGUCUUUGUUGCUUCAGCGAAGAAUGGAAAAUACAGAGUUUUACAUUUAAUAACAUACCUCAGUUGAAAUACGGCAUCGUGCAAAAAAAGGGUGGCCCAUGUGGAGUACUGGCAGCAGUUCAAGCUUGUGUCCUACAGCAGCUUAUCUUUGGAGACAGUAACAGGAAUAAAGACACUCGCAGUCUUCAGCCUUCAGAAGUUCACAGGACCAAGUGCCUCACCAUGGCUAUUGCAGACAUAUUGUGGCGUGCAGGAGGCAAUGAAAAAGCAAUUGUGGCACUGCCAUCAGGAAAACAGCAGUUCACUCCCAUAGGAAAAUACAAAGCAGAUGGAAUCUUAGAAACUCUAAUACUACAUAGUGCCACAAGGUAUGAAGAUCUGAUUGCAUUUCUUCAGAGGAAUAUUCAUCAGUUUGAAAUUGGUCCUUGUGGUUGCAUCCUUCUGACUGUGUCUGUCAUCUUAUCAAGAUCUAUCAAUCUGGUGCGCAAUGAUUUCGAUGUGCUUACAAACCGACUGAUUGGCAGCCAUGGGUAUUGUACUCAGGAAUUGGUGAACUUGCUUCUGACUGGCAAAGCUGUAUCCAAUGUUUUUAACAAUGUGAUAGAGCUGGACUCUGGAAACGGCAAUAUCACGAUUUUGAAAGGCAUCACAAGUCGCAGUGAUAUUGGUUUGCUGUCUCUAUUCGAGCACUAUGAUGUUUGCCAGGUUGGUUGUUACUUGAAGACCCCUAAAUACCCAAUUUGGUUGGUAUGCAGUGAAAGCCACUUCAGUGUGCUUUUUUGUUUGGAAAAGAAUUUAUUGGAUGACUGGAAAACAGAACAGAGAUUUGAUCUAUAUUAUUACGAUGGCUUGGCCAACCAAGAAGAAGAGAUACGGUUAACAGUUGAUGCAACUCAGAUGUGCACUGAAGCUAAAGACAACGAUCUUACUCCUCCACUUGAGCACUGUAUUAGGACAAAGUGGCACGGAGCUGUUAUCGACUGGAAUGGCACAGAACCGAUCUUGUGACUGACCUGACCUGCACUUUAUUUGUAAAGAAAAAAAGGAAAUGACUGAAUUAGCACAUUCCUAUUCCCACCAAUACAGGAAAUAGGACAAGAGUUAUCCAGUUUACGAUGAGGAAGAAUGACAUGGUUGUGUACAGGCUGGGAGAGUUUCACCUCAUGCUUCAGAUAUUUUGCUUAUAAUAUAAACAGCAUUUACAUAAACUCUGGUCACUGCCUUUAUCAUACAGUUUCUGAGAGCAAAUUGAGCUUCCACUGCCAAAUCAAGCUUUCAGAUGAAGCAGUAAAAUGUCAGCGUCCCCUUGAGGUCUGUUUCUCGAUCCACUCUGUAUCCUGCAGUUGCUUCCAAAAAUCUAAUGAAAGGAGCUGCACCCAGAUUUCUGUCACUUUCCUUGCCCUCUCAGUCCUGCCUAGUUCUUCACCUAGAAAACUCCAGGAUAAAUACAAGAUGUCAUUCAAGAAAUAUAUAUUCACUUCUUUCCCUGAUAUUAGCAAGUCUCAUUUUGCACUGAAAGUAUUGGUAGCCAUAUAGACUUUUCAGCUAUAGCCUGACCUACACAGAGUUCUUGCGGUCUCAUAAAAAUUGCAGUAAGGCUUGUGGUUUUGUGUUAUCAGAGUAGUAGUAAAACUGAGUUCCUUAUACUGGAUGCAAUUGUGCAGUGUGUUACGGUACCUCAGACUGAUGUAGCUUAUUUUCCCUUCUGGAUGAGAGAAAGCUAUACCAGUGUCUUUAAUUUUAUAUCAGUGUAACACUAGGAUUUAUGUAUACCAUACUGCUGGGUGAGAUCUGUGGUGGUUUGCUUCUCCACAAUUACAAGAAAACACAAAAUCUUUAGGUUUGACAUUUAAAGGGUGCAUAUCUGUGAUAGGUAGCAUUCUUCAUGAUUAAAUAAAGUGCAUGUAUGAAAACAGUGUAAUGUAAAGAUGUAUCUGGAGAUACCAAAACAACAUAUUGUAUUCUGAAAUAAAUUCUUGAAGUGACAUAUUGCAGCAACACUUUACCAAAAUGGGAACGGCUUAUUCAACUGAAGAUUGGAAAAAAUACUUUGAAAAAAAUGAUUUCCUAGUGGAAAGGUUGCAAAUAAAUGGUGUGCCUAUAAUUUAUUCCUCUAUCUUGAGAGUGAAUAUCUCAUGAAAGUUUAAUAAAGGACUUCUGCUUUUUGA